UAGGUAUGUGUGCUAAGGCAAUAGGGAACCCCGUUAUAGCCUCAGAUGCUGGCAGUAGUCAGUUUUGGAAUACAUGGUUGGAAGCCAGUACUGUAUUUCUACAUACAACUAUUUUACACAAUGGUCACAAAGAUGUUAGGUAACUUAGGAAGGAUAGUAGACAUGGCUAUUAAGACUAGCUAGCUGUUCCCCAGUAAUUAUUUAUUGGACUUGACCGCCAACAUUCUAACCCCUCCACUAUCACUGAUGUGUUCUAAUUAGUUACUCAGCCUUGCCUAGGACCAGUUGAGCUUGCCAUUUCUUUCCAGGGAUUUGUUCACAAGUUGCACUCAGCUAUUCAAGACCGCAUGCAGCAGUGGGUUGGACACAGUUAUGAUUUUCUUUUCUUCACCGGAACGUGUUUAAAACAUCAAGGGCGAUUUCUGUACUUGCAGACGGUCUCUUUGAGUCAAGGAAGUUUGUUGCCUUUUUAUUUUUGCUCCUAGUAACCCUGACAACCCCGCCAACGUUUAAACAAGGCGCCGCCUCCUCAUUGGCCAGGCGUUCUCGCUCGCUCAUUGGCUCUUUAGUGAUUUGGGUUUUUCCUCACUGAUUGGUCCGCUAGCGAGGGUUCCGGGCGCUCCCCAUUGGUGGAGGCGAGAUAUUUGAACUGAGCAAAAGCGGCUAGGCUGCUUGCCCUGGAGUUGCGGGGACACCUCUGGCCUUCUGAUCUUUGUCCUAGGUCUUGGCUUCCCGGAAGCCUGCGGGACCCGGACAGCGGGUACCUGACUGCCCGGCGCGGGCGGCUGCCAUGGCGACGGUGCAGACGGCUUUCUGCUCGGAGGAGAGCGGGCGGCGCGCGCGCCGCGAUCCCGCGGCCGAGGAUACGUCUCCGCCGGUGCUGUUGCUCAGCCACUUCUGCCCUAUUCCCUUCCUCUGCUUCGGGGAUGUCCGCGUGGGCACGUCGCGGACCCGGUCUCUGGUCCUGCAUAACCCGCACGAGGAGCCUGUGCAUGUGGAGCUGUCGCUGCUGCGCGCCGCAGGCCAGGGCUUCAGCGUGUCGCGGAACCGCUGCGAGCUGAAGCCUAAAGAAAAAAUCACCAUUUCUGUUACCUGGACACCAUUGAAAGAAGGGGGAGUAAGGGAGAUUGUGACAUUUCUUGUAAAUGAUUUUCUGAAGCACCAGGCUAUAUUACUAGGAAAUGCAGAAGAGCAUAGGCAGAAAAAGAGAAGUCUUUGGAAUACCAGUAGGAAGAUUCCAGCCUCUUCAAAACAUACAAAAAGGACUUCCAAAAACCAGAAUUUUAAUGAAUCAUUUACUAUUUCACAAAAAGACAGAAUUAGGAACCCACUGCAGCCUUGUGAAAAUCUGGCUAUGAGUGAGUGCUGUUCCCCAACAGAAAACAGUUCUUUCCCCCUUGAAGAAAACAAAGUGCCCACAUCCUCUGUUAGCCCCAUUAGAGAAUGCCAGAGUGAGAGCUGCUUGCCACUGUGUGGCCGCGGGCCUCCUGCCUGUUCAUCUCUUCAGGGACCUGAAAAUGCACAAAACUUAAAAGUACAAGAUGCCAGCAUUUCAAAAAAAUUUGAUUUUAAUGAGGAAGUCGCAAAUGAAACUUUUAUUAAUCCCAUUAGUGUCAGUCACCAAAGUGAAGGGGAUAGUAAACUCAGGCUUGUCCCAAACUGUUCUUCACCUUUGAAUAGUACUCACACCCAGAUACAUUUUCUAAGUCCAGAUUCUUUUGUGAACAACAGCUGUACAUCUGAUAAUGGCCUGAAACCAGUGAAAAAUGUUUUCUCAGAUACAUUUAGGAAAGAUCCCUUAGACUCUGUAUGUCUGGAACCCCAAACUAGACAUGAAGUUUGCCAACCAAUCUUAAGCCCAGAUUCUUUUUUAAAUGAUAAUUAUGGACUUAAAAAAGGUCUAAACUUAGAAUCAGUCAAUCCUGUUUUGUCUCCAACACAAUUUGGAAAGGAUAACAUGGUCCACGUAGGUCAGCAAAUGGGUAAAUUAUCAGCAUCGUCAAAUAAAACUUCUCAGGAUUGGAGAAUAAAUGAAGGUUUGGCAUAUAACCCUGAGUGUCUGCAUGCACAAACUCCCAGCAGUAGAUUUGAAAAACAAAACCCCAUAGAAAUGAAGUCACAUGACUACACUUUUACAAAGCAAAAGCCCAAGAUUUCUGAGCUUCAAGAUGCUUUUUGUAACCAGAGCAAACAACCAAAAAGGAGACGCCCAAUUCUUUCUGCCACUGUUACAAAAAGAAAGCCCACCAAUGCCAGAGAAAAGCUACCUGAGAUUAAUAAACCAAACGCCAAAAGAUGUCUUGAAGGUCUAGUAGGUGAAUGUAGAAAAGAAGUGGAUAACCUAAGGGAGAAAGGUUUUCAUCCAGCUCUGCCAAUCGUGGAGCCAGUAGUGAGUAAGCCUCCAAGUUACAGGGCUGAAGUAACACCUUCAGCUGCUGUAGUUGCUCGGAAAAGAAAGAGCAGCGGAACAGUGGAGGACACACAUGGAAAGCCAGCAGUUGCAGAAUGGAUGGACGUGUGUGAAAUCAAACGAAUCCAUUUUUCUCCUCUGCAAUCUACACCAUCAACUGUUGUAAGAACCACAAAGAAAGAAGCGCUCACCUCAAAGCGCGUAAGCAGCUUGGAACGGUCAGGCCUGAAGAAGAAAGCCGAUUCAUUAUUAAAAACACCUCUUUCAAAAACAAAGAAAAAGAGAAGAUCCAUGGUUGCUGUAGCACAGUCUCAUCUGACCUUUAUAAAGCCAUUAAAGGCAGCUAUUCCUAGACACCCAAUGCCAUUUGCUGCAAGGAACAUGUUCUAUGACGAGCGCUGGAAGGAAAAGCAGGAGCAGGGCUUCACUUGGUGGCUAAAUUACAUCUUAACGCCUGAUGACUUCACUGUAAAAACCAAGGUUUCUAAAGUAAACGCUGCCACCCUUGUUUUGGGAGCAGAGAGCCAACAUAAAAUAAGCGUCCCGAAAGCACCCACAAAGGAGGAAGUGUCUCUCAGAGCCUACACCGCCAGCUGCAGGCUGAACAGAUUACGUCGCGCAGCUUGCUCCUUGUUUACUUCUGAAAAAAUGGUGAAAGCUAUUAAAAAGGUUGAGAUUGAGAUUGAAGUUGGGCGGUUACUUGUUCGAAAAGAUCGACACCUUUGGAAAGAUAUUGGAGAACGCCAAAAAGUACUGAAUUGGCUCUUAUCAUAUAAUCCUCUGUGGCUACGAAUUGGUCUGGAGACAGUUUUCGGAGAACUGAUCCCUCUGGCAGACAACAGUGACGUCACGGGAUUGGCAGUGUUCAUUCUGAAUCGCUUACUUUGGAAUCCUGACAUAGCAGCUGAAUAUAGACACUCCACUGUUCCCCUCCUGUUUCGGGAUGGUCACGAAGCAGCUUUGUCUAAGUUCACAUUGAAAAAAUUGCUGUUGUUGAUCUGUUUCCUUGACCAUGCUAAAAAUUCCAGACUUAUUGAUCAUGAUCCUUGUCUGUUUUGUAAAGAUGCUGAAUUCAAGGCUAGUAAAGACCUUCUUCUAGCCUUUUCACGAGAUUUCCUAAGUGGUGAAGGUGACCUUUCUCGUCACCUUAGCUUAUUGGGGUUACCCGUGAGCCAUGUUCAGACGCCACUUGAUGAAUUUGAUUUUGCUGUCAUGAAUCUUGCGGUGGACUUGCAGUGUGGGGUUCGCCUUGUGAGAGCCCUGGAGCUUCUCACACAGAACUGGAGUCUGUCAGGUAAACUCCGAAUUCCUGCAGUAAGUCGAGUUCAGAAGAUGCACAAUGUUGAUCUUGUUCUUCAGGUCCUCAGAUCACGAGAUGUCCCACUGACUGAUGAACAUGGGAGCGCUAUCUUGUCUAAGGAUAUUGUGGAUAGGCACAGAGAGAAAACCCUUGCAUUGCUCUGGAAAAUAGCAUUUGCUUUCCAGGUGGAUAUUUCUCUUAAUUUAAAUCAAUUAAAGGAUGAAAUUAAUUUUCUAAGGCAAACACACAGUAUAAAGAGAGCUAUGUCUGCACUAACAUGCCCUUCACAAGCUAUUACUAGUAAGCCAAAAGACAAAAGGAUUAGUGGGAAUUUUGAACACUACGGUCACAGUGUGAAGUUAUUGAUGGAUUGGGUUAAUGCAGUUUGUGCCUUCUAUAAUCAAAAGGUAGAGAAUUUUACAGUGUCUUUCUCUGAUGGCCGUGUGCUCUGUUAUUUGAUCCACCAUUACCACCCAUGCUAUGUGCCUUUCGAUGCCAUAUGCCAGCGUACCACUCAGUCCGUGGCCUGCACACAGACUGGCUCAGUGGUAUUGAAUUCUUCUUCUGAAUCUGAAGGAGGUUGUCUGGAUCUGUCUCUUGAAGCCCUCAAUCACGAAAAUACUCCAGAAGUGUACAAAGAGCUUCUAGAAAACGAGAAGAAAAAUUUUCAUUUGGUGAGAUCUGCAGCUAGAGAUCUUGGAGGAAUCCCUGCUAUGAUUCAUCACUCGGACAUGUCAAAUACAAUUCCAGACGAAAAGGUGGUUAUCACCUAUUUGUCCUUUCUUUGUGCGCGGCUUUUGGAUCUCCGUAAAGAAAUAAGAGCUGCCCGACUUAUACAGACAACAUGGAGAAAAUAUAAACUAAAAAGAGACCUGAGACACCAUCAGGAAAGAGACAAAGCUGCUAGAGUUAUUCAGUCAGCUGUUCUCAAUUUUCUAAGUAGACGAAGAUUGCAAAAAACGGUCAGUGCAGCUCUGGUCAUUCAAACAUGGUGGCGAAGAGUCUUGGCACAAAGGAAGUUGUUGAUGCUGAAAAAUGAAAAACUGGCAAAACUUCAAAGUAAAUCAGCAUUGCUUAUUCAGGCUUAUUGGAGAAGAUAUUCCACCAGAAAACAGUUUCUGAGGUUGAAACACUACACAGUCAUCCUUCAGUCACGGAUAAGAAUGAAAAUUGCUCUUAUAUCUUACAAACAAUAUCUUUGGGCCACAGUUACAAUUCAGAGGCAUUGGCGCGCCUAUUUAAGUAGAAAACGAGAUCAGCAAAGAUUUCACAAGCUGAGAUCCUCCUCCCUUGUCAUACAGUUUAUGUUCAGAAGGUGGAAGCGACGCAAGCUGCGGUUACAAACCAAAGCUGCAGUAACAUUGCAGCGAGCUUUUAGACAAUGGCAUGCCAGGAAACAAACACGGGAAAGAUCUGCUGUUGUGAUACAGUCUUGGUACAGAAUGCACAGGGAAUUGCAGAAAUACAGUUAUAUUAGAUCUUGUGUUGUUGUCAUCCAGAGAAGAGUUAGGUGCUUUCAAGCCCAAAAGUUAUAUAAAAGAAGAAAAGAUGCCGUCCUGACUCUCCAGAAACACUACAGGGCGUAUCAGAAGGGGAAGCUGGCGCGCACCGACUAUUUGCAGAAACGAGCUGCCGCCAUUCGACUGCAGGCUUCAUUCAGGGGCAUGAAGGCUCGCCGUUCAUACAGUUUGCAGAUUCUAGCUGCCUGUGUCCUUCAGUCGUAUUGGAGAAUGAGACAAGAAAGAGUUAGAUUUUUAAACUUUAAAAAGAUGGUCAUCAAAUUGCAAGCACACAUAAGAAAACACCAACAACUACAGAAAUAUAAAAAGAUAAAGAAAGCAGCUAUUACAAUUCAGACUCAUUUCCGAGCUUCCAUUUUAGCUAGGAAGGUUCUAGCAGCUUUUCAGAAAACAAGGUCUUCAGUCAUUGUUCUACAGUCCGCAUAUCGAGGGAUGCAAGCCAGGAAAACAUUUCGUCAUGCUUUAACAUCUGUUAUAAAGAUUCAGUCAUGUUAUCGAGCUUAUAUAUCCAGAAAGAAGUUUCAGAGCUUCAGAAAUGCCACCAUAAAGCUUCAGUCAGUUGUCAGAAUGAAACAGUCACGGAAGCAGUACUUACAGGUGAGAGCGGCUGCUCUGCUUAUCCAGCAGUGGUACCGGUCCCAGAAACUGGCUUCACAGGAGAGAAGAGAGUACAUACAGGUGCGUGAGUCCUGUAUCACACUGCAGUCAUACUUUAGAGGCUGCCUGGUCAGAAGGCAGAUGAGGUUACAGAACAGAGCUGCCACUUCUCUACAGUCGUACUUCAGAAUGAGGACGGCGAGGCAGCGCUACCUGAGGAUGCGCAAGGCCGCUCUUGUCAUUCAGAGUUUCUACUGUGCCUACAGAGCACAAGUCAGUCAAAGGGAGAACUUCCUGCAGGCCAAAGGAGCAGCUAUUUGUUUGCAGGCCGCUUACCGAGGCUGGAAAGCACGCCGGCAAAUCAAGCAGCAGUCUACAGCUGCUGUUACCAUUCAGAGGGUUUUUAGAGGCCACCGUCAGAGGAUGAAAUACCAGACUGUGCUUCAGUCCGCUGUGAACAUUCAGAGAUGGUACAGGGCACACAAGGUUGCUUAUGACACAAGAGUUCAAUUUCUAAAGACGAGAGAGGCUGUGGUUUCUCUCCAGUCUACCUUCCGUGGCUGGCAAGUUCGGCAGCAGCUCAGGAGGCAACAUCAGGCUGCAGUGAAGAUCCAGUCUACUUUUAGAAUGGCCGUGACCCGGAAGCAGUAUAAACACCUAAGAGCAGCUGCAGUAGUCCUGCAGCAGCAUGUCAGGGCAUGGGCUGCCGGAAGGAGGCAGCGCUUGGAGUACAUCAGGCUGCGUCGUGCAGCUCUGGUGUUUCAGGCCACAUGGAAGGGAAAGACCCUGAGAAGACAGAUUGCCCGGCAACACCAGUGCGCUGCCCUCAUACAGUCAUAUUACAGGAUGCACAUUCAGCGCAGGGCGUGGGGCAUCCUGAGGACCGCUGCUCUUCGGAUUCAGGUGUGCUAUAGGGCUUACAAAGUGGGAAAGGAACAACGCCAUUUAUACCUGAAAAGGAAAGCGGCUGUAGUAGUUUUACAGUCAGCUUACCGGGCUAUGAAAGUGAGAAAACAGAUAGCUGAAUACCACAAAGCAGCAGCCACUAUACAGUCUAAAUUUAGAGCCUACAGAACACAAAAGAAAUACAGGACUUAUAGAACUUCGGCUAUUAUAAUUCAGAGGUGGUAUCGGAAUAUUCAAGUCACAACCCAGCAACAUCAGGAAUACCUUACCUUCAAGAGAGCAGCAAUUGCAGUCCAAGCUGCUUAUCGAGGCAUUAGAGUUAGGAGACACAUUCUGCACAUGCACAUGGCGGCCACACUUAUUCAAGCCACCUUUAAGAUGCAUCAGUCGAGAGUAAGGUACCACAAGAUGAGAGCAGCAGCUGUGGUGAUUCAGGAGCGAUACAGAGCGUAUUAUCUAGGUAAAAAUCAACAUGAAAAGUACCUGAGGACUUUGACGGCUAUUAAAACCCUUCAGGCUGGUGUCAGAGGAGCAAGAGUUAGACAGACUGUAAGAAAGAUGCAUGUUGCAGCCAUACUCAUUCAGUCAUAUUUUAGGAGACACAGACAGCAAGCAUAUUUCCAUCGGUUGAGGAGGGCGGCAACAGUGGUGCAGCAGAGAUACCGAGCAGUGAAAGAAGGCCGCGCUGAGUUUCAGAGGUACAGCCGACUGAGGCGUUCUGUAAUCCUCCUUCAGGCUGCCUUUAGGGGACUGAAAACUAGGAGACGCUUAAAAGCUAUGCACUUAGCUGCUGCUCUCAUUCAGAGGAGAUUCAGGACUCUCCUGAUGAGACGGAAGUUCCUCUCUCUCAGGAAAACUGUCAUUUGGAUUCAGAGACAGUACCGAGCAAGACUUCACACCAGGUAUUGCCGGCAACAAUUGCUGUUGGAAAAGGCAGCCACAAAGAUCCAGUCAUCAUACAAAGGAUGGGUGGUGAGGAAAAGGGUGCAGAAGAUGCACAGGGCUGCUACUGUGAUUCAGGCCGCUUUCCGAAUGCACAGAGCCUGUGUGAGGUACCAGCAUCUGAAGCGGGCCUCAGUUGUGCUCCAAAGGCGAUACCAAGCACACAGAGCUGCAGAACUGCAGAGGCAGCUUUUCACCAGGCAAAGACAUGCUGCUGUGAUCCUGCAGGCUGCCUUUAGGGGGAUAAAAACCAGAAGUCAUUUGAAGACCAUGCAUUCUUCUGCAACCCUUAUUCAGAGUAAAUUUAGAGCUUUUAUAGCAAGGAGACGAUUCCUCGCUCUCAGAAAAGCUGCAAUAUUUGUGCAGAGGAAAUUCCGAGCCACCCUUUAUGCCAAGCAUAAAUUGCACCAAUCCUUGCAGUUACGAAAGGCAGCCAUUACAAUACAGUCCUCUUAUCGAAGACUGAUGGUACAAAGGAAGUUACAAGAAAUGCACAGGGCUGCAGCUCUUAUCCAGGCUACUUUCAGAAUGCACAGAACUUACGUUAGAUUUCACCUUUGGAAACGCGCCUCGAUUAGAAUUCAGCAGCAGUAUCGAACAUACAGAACUAUAAAACUACAAAAAGAAAAACUCAUCAGAGAAGAACACAGUGCCGCUGUCAGAAUACAGAGCACGUACAGGAUGUACAGGCAGCGUCGUUUGUAUCAGCGGCUUCGGUGGGCAGCAGAAGUGAUACAAAGAGCAUACAGAGCCAGUAAGAGCCGGCAAGAUCUGCUCAAGGCGGGUGAGGGAGAAGCAUUCAACCAGUUGCAUUUCCAGGGUUUAAACACCGCAAAAGAAGUUCAGCGGCAGCAUGAGGCCGCCGUGAUUAUACAGAAGCAUUUUAGAGCCUUUAAAGCAAGGAGGCUUAUGGAGCAAAGAGGCUUCCGGGCCGUAUGGGGAAAAUAUAAAGCUAAGAAAUACUUAUCCAAAGUGGAAGCUGCCUGCAGGAUUCAAGCUUGGUAUAGGUGCUGGAGAGUGCGCAAGAGACAUCUAACUGUAUUGAAAGCUGUUAAAAUUAUUCAGGGUCACUUCUAUGCGAAGCUAGAGAGAAUGAGAUUCUUGAAGAUGAGAGCAGCAGCUGUUAUAAUUCAAAGGAAAUGGAGAGCUAUACUCUCUGCAAGAGGAGUGCAUGAGAAUUUAAAAGUUUCAGAACAGAAAGCCCAAAUUCGGGUUUUCCGCUUUACUGCAGCUGCAUACUGUCACAUGUGUGCUCUCAGAAUCCAGCGAGCUUAUAGACUCCACGUGACUCUGAGGAAUGCUAAGAAGCACGCUAAUUCAGUCAUCUUUAUUCAGAGAUGGUUUCGGAGAAGAUUACAACAAAAGAGGUUCGUUGAACAGUACCAUAAGGUCAUAAAAGCUGAGCGGGAAGCCCGGGCGUGCCGGCACCAGCAGGAAAGGGCCGCUGUCGUCAUCCAGAAGGCAGUGCGCCGCUUUCUCCUGUGCAGGCGACAGGAGAAGGUCAAUAGCAGCGCCACUAGGAUUCAGGCAUUAUGGAGAGGCUAUUCUUGGAGGAAGAAAAACGAUCACACAGAGAUUAAGGCUAUCCGGCGAAGCCUGAGAGCUGUGAGCAGGAACGUGGAGGAGGACGACAAGCUGUACAGAAGAACUGAGCGCGCGCUUCAUCACCUGCUCUCCUACAAACACUUGUCGGCCAUUCUGGAUGCACUGAAGCACCUGGAGGUUGUUACCAGACUGUCUCCCCUUUGCUGUGAGAACAUGGCUGAAAGCGGAGCGGUUUCUACCAUCUUCGUUGUGAUCCGAAGCUGUAAUCGUAGUGUUCCUUGUAUGGAAGUUGUUGGAUAUGCUGUUCAAGUAUUGUUGAAUGUGGCAAAGUAUGAUAAGACGAUCUCAGCCAUUUACGAUGCUGAGAACUGUGUGGACACACUGCUGGAGCUCUUGCAGGUGUACCGCGAGAAGCCUGGAGACCGCGUGGCCGAGAAGAGCGCCAGCAUCUUCACAAGAACGUGCUGUUUGUUAGCAGUGCUGUUGAAGACAGAGCAGUGUGCUUUCGAUGCACAAAGUAGAUCUAAAGUCAUUGAUCGUAUUUAUCGUCUCUACAAAUUUACGGUUCCUAAGCAUAAAGUAAAUACACAGGGAUUAUUUGAUAAGCAGAAGCAGAAUUCCUGUAUAGGCUUUCCAAUUAUACCAGAAAGAUCUAUGAAGACCAGGAUGGUUUCAAGACUUAAGCCACAGUGGGUUUUGAGGCGUGAUAAUAUGGAAGAAAUUACUAAUUCCCUGCAAGCUAUUCAACUGGUAAUGGAUACCCUUGGAAUUCCUUUUUAGUAAAAGGAAACAUUUUCAGUGUGUGACCAAAAAAAAAAAAUUAUGCCAAUCAUGGAUACCUGGAGCAAUUUUUACUGUCAGAAUAAACUGUUUAGAUAUGACUGUAAAAAUAAAAAUGUAUAUAUUACAAGUUACUAAAUUGUUUAAUGACUUCAUUUUUACUAUUUUUUAAUAUUUGAGAUUUAUAAUUUAAAUAUUUUUCCUCCAAACCCUGCCAUAUACCACUACUUGCUCUUUUUCAAAUUUAGUGAAAUAUUGUGUAUCAGCUGUCAAAAGUCCUCUGGAACCUUGGUGAGGUGGAAAAUUCACCCUCUCUUCACUAAUUAUUAUGCAGGUGUCAUAUAUAUAUAUAUUUGUAUAUUAUAUGUAUAUGUAUGUUUGUAUGUAUUCCUAAAUAUAGUGUGAUAAAUCCUAUAA